GUCGACCUACGGUCAGCAGAAAUGCAGAGGAAUGUAGCUGGAACAGCGCCCCCUGCAGUCCGCACACAGCGCUCCCCCUGUGACGUCCCUCGGCGCUGGCUCAUUUCCCUCUAAUUGGUUUCGCUCGGGGCCAGUCCGCGGAGAGCUCGCCUGCUUUUAAUUGGACUAUCGCGACAAGUUGCUCAGGUGACGUCAACGCAACCGGUUGGCAACUUUUCGCGCGACGAUAUCUGAGCAUUUUCGCGCGAGACUAAUUGACUGCACCACGGAGGGACGCGCUGUUCAGCAGCAGCAGCAGCAGCAAACGAGGCUGACAAGACGAGCGAGGGGAACGGGCGCAGGCAUCUCCAGCCCGUGGACGGAUGGAUGGACGGACGUAGGGCAGAGCGGGCUCAGUGCAUCUCGGCAUGGACCAAAUAGCUUCUAGUUGAGAGCAAAAGAGCAGAGACGUUGAUUUCUAUAUAUGAACAUUUGUCUGGAGUAGGUUAUUUUCAUCGCACAAGCUGCGCCGUCGGUGUUCCUGAAAUCAGCAAAGAUACCUUUUUUUUGCGCAAGUGGUCGGUGCGCCCCUGCCUCCGGAGCCAUGGGUUGCACUGUGAGCGCAGAGGAUAAGGCUGCGGCGGAGAGGUCAAAGAUGAUUGACAAAAACCUCCGAGAAGAUGGAGAGAAGGCAGCGAGAGAGGUGAAAUUGCUUUUAUUAGGUGCUGGGGAGUCUGGGAAGAGCACCAUUGUAAAGCAAAUGAAGAUCAUUCAUGAAGACGGCUACUCAGAAGAUGAGUGUAAGCAGUAUCGAGCGGUUGUUUACAGUAACACAAUUCAGUCGAUUAUGGCCAUUGUUAAAGCCAUGACCAGCCUCAAGAUAGACUACAGUGACCCUGCCAGAGCGGACGAUGCCCAGCAGCUCUUCGCCCUGGCCGCAGCUGCAGAGGAGCAAGGCAUCUUUCCUGAAGACUUGUCCAACGUGAUCAGACGGUUGUGGGCCGACAGCGGCAUACAGAGUUGCUUUACGAGGUCGCGAGAAUACCAGCUCAACGACUCAGCAGCAUAUUACCUGAAUGAUCUGGAGAGGAUAGCAAAAGCAGAUUACAUCCCCUCCCAGCAGGAUGUGCUACGUACGCGGGUUAAGACGACCGGCAUCGUUGAGACUCACUUCACCUUCAAGGAACUGCACUUCAAAAUGUUUGAUGUGGGAGGCCAGCGGUCAGAGAGAAAGAAGUGGAUUCACUGCUUUGAAGGAGUAACAGCCAUUAUCUUUUGUGUUGCACUGAGCGCAUAUGACCUGGUGCUGGCUGAGGAUGAAGAGAUGAACCGAAUGCACGAGAGCAUGAAGCUUUUUGACUCCAUCUGCAACAACAAGUGGUUCACGGAAACCUCCAUCAUCCUCUUCCUCAACAAGAAGGACCUCUUCGAGGAGAAGAUCACUCGCAGCCCCCUCACCAUCUGCUUCCCUGAAUACGCAGGAGCCAACAAGUUCGAUGAAGCUGCCAGUUACAUCCAGACCAAGUUCGAGGACCUGAACAAGAAAAAAGACACCAAGGAGAUCUACACCCACUUCACCUGUGCCACUGACACCAAGAACGUUCAGUUUGUCUUCGACGCCGUCACUGACGUGAUUAUUAAGAACAACCUGAAGGACUGUGGUCUUUUCUAAAGGACAAAACCCAACACACACAGACUGCAUGAGAGACUGCAAUAGCCAUGCGACGAUUCCUGCUUUUCUUCAUGAAAACCAUGAUUUGAUGAUUUUUUUUUUUUUUAAAUAGUUUGAAAGAGGAACCUGUCAGAACUUCUGCAAUCACUGAUUUACAGAUAGCACCCUCAUCCACACUCCUCUCUGUAGGGAGGUUUUUAAAUUCAUGUAUAACAAACACAUAUUUGAUCGUAAAACACAAUUCCUACUUUCAUUUGAAACUAUGACUCUUUAAUUAGAUCUGUAACAGCAUUUUAUCCUCGUAGCUUUUGACGGAAAUGCAAAGGUUGUCAUCUGAUCACGGCACAAUGUUGGUAGAAAUACAGCAGAAUCUGAAAUAUUAGUCGUCCAUAUUUAUGCCACAUGCUCUGAUGGUUUUUUUUUCAUAUUUGCCUGUUUUUGUAUUAAAGUUUAUCAUUAAUUUAGCUUUGUUUUGGGCUGAAAACAGAAAACAAUCAACAACAACAACAAAAAAAACUUUUUAUAAAAGAACACAUGAAUUUAUGUUACCUUUUCUUUUAAACCCUUUUAGACCCUUUGAGGUGCACAGAGAUUAUUUUCUUUUUAAGGAAACUAACGAGCAUGAAGAUUGAAACUGGAUGAAGGAGAAAUGUGUUUUUGUACACUGUUUACACAGAAUCAAUAUUCACACUUGUAUAGUGGAUCGUCCUGCAUGACCCUCCAUAGAUUAGUCUGUAAUCUCCCCCAUACACUUAUUAACAACCCCCAAAAGCAUCUUGUUUUGUUUUAUUUUUAAAAAAAAGAAGAAAUGGUUAAUGUGUCCUUCAAAGGUAUUUGUAUGGUUAUGUCUGUUCCCAACAAAGAUUGUUUUGUCAGUCUUUUAAUUCCAAGUCUUUUUAAACAUAUGUUU